GUAAUAUAACGUCCAUGUUGGAAGGGCAUGGUUGUGGAGAGGAUGGUAACACGGGAUUGGAGGGCAUGUGUGUGUUAGAGGAGGCUACGGUAUGUUCGUGUUUGUCUCCUUGUGAUGUCGACAUUAUAGUGCUACCUCACUGAAUCAUACCGCCAAAAACAUCUACUGACAACGGGCGUAAAGAAAAUUCACAUAAUUAAUUGUUUUCAGACUUUUUUCACCAGCGCUUUCUACAUCGAUUUGAAAUUGUUUGUAGCUUACCAUAUCAUGGAUAAAGUUUUUACUCCGUAUUAAAUUCCAUUUCUGUUGCUGAUGUUAUAAUGGGCAAGUAGACUAUGUAAUGAAGGCGACUCUCAGGUUGUUCAAAUGACUGGCCUUGAACUACUUUCAAGUUCGCCGAUUAAUCAAUAAAGAUUUGGCAAUGAUAUAGAUUGAGUAGCGUGCUUUGCUGAACGACUACAAAAUUUAAUGUAUAAACUAAGCCUUCUGUACACUCAGAUUAGCAUCCACAUAAAUGACCUAAAUAAAAUUUGAAAGUUGUAUUAAUAUCAGGUAAUCGAUACGGGCCCAUUCGGCCUGUUGUUAUGUAAAGUGAAUUGUGAUAAAGUGUGGAUUGUGCUGAAUUCCAAUAGCUAGGUAGCUCAAUAUGUUAGAGUGUUAACUAUAGUUCGGAGGUCCCGUGUACGAGUCCUGGUUCGCCCAAUGCAUCUGUCACUCAUGCACAUGUUAUUACACAAAUUAGUUAGUAAUAGUAUAAAUUAUGUAUCGGUUAGAAUAUAAUAAUGGUAAUACUCAAUUAAUAAAAUACACGAAAUAUUUGUAAUAAAAAAUGUCCGGCCACUAUCGUCUGACGAGAGUUGGUUAUGAUAGGUAAUACUUACAGAUAGUUGGUAGAAAUAGCGAAUUGCUACACAAAAAUGAUACUAUAGGAAAUCAACAUUUACCCCGUAUUCAUAAUCUGCUUUGUAAAUUUAUGUUUGACAUGUAUGUCUUAUCAUUAUACAGGAUGAAGAAAUAACCAGCCAUUGCUUUAAUGUGACACAUAGCGAGAUUUCCUGGAAAUUUUCUUCCACGAGAAACCCUGAUGUAUUGGACAAUUAUGGGGGGCAAUAUAUUUGUAAAGUAUUCGCAUUUCCAUUGUUCAACGAUGCAUUGUGCUUUAAAACAAUGGUGUGCCAUUCUCGGUGCGAUAUCGUUAAUUUAUUUUAUUUUAUUAUGUUAUAUUACCAUGAAAUACACAGAAACAUUGGAACCUAUAUCCGCGUUUACAAAAUAUCAUGAAUCCGAUGGAAUACAUAUGUACGUCAAGGGUAAUCUGUAUGGCAUUGGAGAUCAUCUAGCUGUUGCGAGGGUUCUUCAAUCGAAUAACACAGGGGAUGUUAGACCACAUUUUAACUUAAUAUCAGGUCCUGUCGCACAUAUUUUGAAAGAGAAACCUCCCGUAUUUCUUCCUGAAUUUAAAAAUCCCUGCUGGUAUGCUGAUGGUGACGACCGAAGAGAGGUUUGGAUAAGUUAUUUAUGCAGAAAUAGAAGAAUUAAAAACGGGAAGUUAUGUUCCUUAUACUUCAAAAGAAAAAGACUGAAGAAUGCGGCUAUACUUCGCUGUCUUCCAUACUUUUUGUUGAUUGGUCAACCGAAAAGCGGAAGUACCGAUCUAUUUCGACGUAUUACGAGCCAUCCCGACGUGAUACCAGGCCUUUCAAAGGAACCACAUUGGUGGACAAGAAAUCGUCAUUGUCUGACCACAACUUAUCCCAGGAGUUGCAGUCCAACGGUUCCACAUACCUUCACAGAAUAUAUAGACCAUUUCAAUGUUGUGGCGGAAAUAUUAGAUGUUACAAACAAUGAACAUAAGAUGAAAUUUAUAACCGGUGAAGGUAGCCAGUCGUAUCUGUGGGAUCACACUUGGUGGUGGUUGUAUCCUGAAAAUGAAAACGACACGGAACCGGGGAUACACAACGCCCAUCUCUUACGUCACAUCUUGCCGGAUGUGAAGUUAUUAGUCAUAGUUAGAAAUCCGGUCGACCGGUUAUACUCGGACUACCUAUAUUUUAAUCAGAGCGAACAGAAGUCGGUAGAAGUAUUUGACAGAAGAGUGAGAGCGUCUAUUGAUUCAUUUAAUUACUGUUUAAGGAUGAACAGUCUACAUGUACGUCACUGUGCUUACAAGGAAGCUUUUCUGGAGGUUCGACUGACUAUUGGAUUGUAUGCCGUGUACCUUGAGGAUUGGAUGGAUGUUUUUCCAAGGCAACAAUUUUUCGUCGUUUCAUUAGAUGAAUACUCUGUAAACCAGACCAUAGUCGCGUCAAGGAUAUUCAAGUUUCUAGAUUUAAGUGAUGUUCCAGAAAAAAUAUCCAGCAGCACACACUACAAUAAGAACAUGUGGCACGGUAAAGCAGUUGGCGAUAUGCUGAACGAGACCAGGCUGUUAUUGGAACAAUUUUACAAACCGUACAAUCAGGCACUUUCCCUGUUAUUGAACGAUUCGAGGUUUCUAUGGGAAACAUAACUCGUAAAAUCCGCACAUCCUUAAAUGUUGCACACCUGUAAGGCUUAUUAGAAUAUGUCGUAUGAGGCGAAUACAUUUGGGAUACUGUAUUAUCUUUUUAUCUUCUUUCUAAACAACUUUCUUCCUAAUGUCUUCCUUCACACCGCCUCUAUUUUGGGCCUUUAGAGAGUGUUCGCACAAGUUAGGAAAGUUUUGGGUUCUGUCCAUUAUCCGAGACAUACCAGAGUCUAGAAAAAUGGUAUUUGCUACCCCUGCUUAACGCUCAGCCUUUUUGGAGUGUGACGACUUGUUCGCCUGUUGUCAAUAUAAUGUGACCAAAUGGGGUGUCCUGCUGGACGGCUUCGUUAGUGUGCUUCAGUGAGGAAGUAAUUACAAAUUGAUAUUAGUUCGGCGCUAUCAGAAGGAGACAAAUCACUAUUAAACUGCAGACCUCCUAAACACAUACGCAUGUCCCCGCACGCAUGCAUUUCUCACAAAAGAGAGGCCAUUCUUAGUGAUAUAUUUUGCAGGAAGAUACAUUAAGGUCAUUAUCUUCCUGCAAAAUAUUAGCCUUAUCACUGAUUGACACUAGAAAGGCCCAAAUUAGAACCCCUCCUUUGUUAUUUAAAUAAACAAAGUUUAGAAAUAUACAAUAUAUUAAAUUGUAAAAUGUAAUAUUAAUUGUUUUAGUAUUGAUAACAUACAACCCCUUUCUUUGCACUGAUAAAUAUCAAUGAAUGCAUUUAAAAAGAUGUGAUAUCUACAAUUAAGUGUUUUACAUUGUCAUUUUAACUUUUGAAAAUUAAAAGAUCCUUUCUAAUGCAG